GCAGAAGAAACCUCUCCAACAGUGGUGCGUCUGUCACAGCUUAGGAGACCCUCUUGGGAGACGAAAACAAACAAACAAACAAGAAAACAAAUAUCAUUUUCCCGCUCGAAGGGAAAACAAAACAAAAGACGACCGCGAACACGACUGCGAAGACGACCGCCGACGCGACGACUAACGCCGGCGACGACCUCCGGGUAUAUAUCCUCUAGUCAAAAGCGUCGACGCCAGUAGUCGCUUCUGAGGCUUGGCACCGGGAAGGCGUGACCCUCCCGCGCGCGCCAUUGCUGUUGGAUUUUUUUAUUUUAUUUUUAUAUUUGGGUGAUUGUUUGUCCUCCUUUUUUUUAUAUUUUGGAAGUUCACUGUGAAAAUAAACCCCCGCCACACGGAAUAAUCGACGGUGAAGAGAACUCUCAUCUCUUCAGAAUAACCGCUUCCGAGGAAACCUUUGAGAAAAUCGUGACGUCACUACCAGCUUCCCUCCCCCUCCCCCUACCACCCAGAGGCCCGCUUGGGUCAGCAGCCUCAGCCAGCGGCCACGCGCGAAGAAAGGCCAGGCUGACAGACACAGACGUAGGGGCGGACGGACGGAAACUGACGCCGGUGCUGACGCCGCUGACGUUGGCGAGGGCGAGAGGAUGUUGGCGCUUUUGUGAGCCGCGAGUGACACACAGGCGAGAGACCGUGAGAAUUCUCGGGUCAGCCAUCUUGCUCUCGUCGGCGCCAUGGAUAUGGCGCGGAGCAUUCAGGAGGCGACGGCCCUGAGGGACGUGGCCUACGUCGUUCGCUUCGGCCACUUCCCCGGCGACGCCUUCGCUCUGUCGCGGCGGCCCAGCGGCGGCUCCUCUCCUCCUCCUCUUCCGCCCUUCCGCGUGCCUUCGGGAGGAGUCAGCGGCGGCGAGGAGGAGGGGCUGCAGGAGCCCUCGGAAGGCAGGGCGUCCCCCGCGCCGUCGUCCCUGGCCAGCGGCACUAACAACCCCUUCGGCGACGAGGAAGACGAGGUGGAGGAGCCCUCGAGGUCGCUGCGUCUCGACCUGAAUCCCUUCGGCGGCGAGGACGACGAGGAGGACGAGGACGAGAGAGGGGGAGGGCUGAGGGACGACCUGCCCGUGACCUCGGCCUCCAGCGGCACCACGACCUCGCCCCGCUCCCCCCUGAGCUCGGGCGCGGCCACGGGCAGGAGCUCCCCCACCACGAGCCGGGCGUCCCUCACCACAGGGCCGAGUUCCCCCAGCGCGCGCCUCUUCUUCCCCGCAGGCAAGAGCACGUCGCCGGCCCCCUUGGCGUCGCCGCUCCCCCUCGAGCCCUUGGAGGUCGAUGACGUCACCAGGAGCCGCACGGAGGAGGUCAUCUCGGCGGCCUUCAACGUGACCCGACUUGACCUCAAGAGACUCAUUGAAGACGCCGGGAAAAACCAGG